AUGGCUACCAUCCAUAGUGAAGCCAGGGCAGGCACACUUACCUCUGCAAAACUAGCAGGGUACCUCCAACAGGGAGUUGACAUCAAUGAAAUAGACGUAUCUGGAACCGGAUUCACGCCGCUUUCAGCUGCCGCCAAGUCCGGCCACCAAACCGUUGUCGAACUGCUCCUCAACAAUGGUGCCUCUCCCUCUAAAAAAAGCUACGGAAUGACUCCUCUCUACAUAGCUGCCAACGCAAGGAAAAAUCGCGCUGAGAUUGUGCGCCUCAUACUGAACCGUCACGUAAAUGUGGACGAGACUGACCCCCAAGUCGACAAUGAGACUCCCCUCAUGGUUGCCAUCACACGGGCCAAAGACCCGGUGGUCGUGAACAUGCUCAUUGAUGCUGGAGCAUCGCUGCAAGCAAAGAAUGACAGAGGGCAGACUGCCAAGUCGAUGGCUCAAAUGUCUGGCAGCCCAGAUAUACAGAGAGCAACAUCGCCUGGCCAGCAGCAAGCAGGAACAGCCGAGCUUAUCAACCUACUUGUAAACUUCGUGUUGUUUAUCUUGGCGUAUGUAAACAGUGGCAUUCUCAAAGACGUCGCCAAAGGUGUUGUAUCCAACUUGUACCAAAUCGGGGAUACUGCGCCUGAUCAGGAUCUUGUCAGGGAAAUAGGAGAGCCUACAACGGCUGAUGACUUCAAACGCGAAAUUGAUCAGUAUGUCAAAGACAGCGAUCUAGGACAGUUCUUUGCUCCCGGAAACGACUAUCUCAACAAGGUGGCCGAGAAAGCCAUUGAGCUGAAAGACGACCCAAGAAACCAUCUGAAAAAGCCCGAGCAGAUCAAAGGCCUUGUGAGGCUCGCUCUUUACCAGCCAGUAUUUUAUUGCGAUGACAGCGGCUCUAUGCAAAUCGUUAUUCAAGACAGCGACAACAAUGUGAUUGGCACUCGCAUGGAUGGCAUGAGAAGCCUUGUCCAACGCAUGGCCAGCAUCGCAACUCGGCUUGUUCCUGACGGCAAGGGUGCACACGUCCGUUUCAUCAACAGUAAUAAGACAGGUCAAGACUUGAACGCCGACCAGAUCGACCAAAUGCUCCAAUUCGACCCCGAUGGUGGAACCAAUAUUGGGACCAACUUGACAAAAAGGAUCCUUGAGCCUAUGAUUUAUGAUGAGCUGGACAAGUCUGGAGGUGCUCUUGAGCGGCCCUUGCUCGUCCUCACAAUUACAGAUGGAGAGCCAAGCCCGGAGCCUAGAGACACGUUCAAGAAGGCUAUUGAGAGUUGUGGACGACGUCUCGAGGAGAAGCAGUACCCUCAAGAAUCUGCAAUGUUUCUUAUCAGCCAGGUCGGUAAUAGCCCCGAAGCGGAUGCUUUCCUAGACUCUCUCAGUGGCGAUCCGGCUAUAGACCGGGUUCUUUAUCGAACAUCUGAGCGCUUGCACGAGAGAUUUGCAGAUCUAAGAGACAAUGAGGAGGGUCUUGAAGAAUGGCCCAUCACAGGCUAA